AUGCAAAACUCCAUCGACACCACCAUCUAUCGAGCCGGAACCAGCCGCGGAAUCUACCUCCUCGCCAACGAUCUACCAUCCGAUCCUGCACAUCGUGAUGCUGCGCUGCAAUCCAUCAUGGGAUCCGGACAUCCGUUGCAAAUCGACGGUGUGGGUGGGGGAAACUCGCUGACUUCCAAAGUGGCGCUCGUAUCUGCCAGUUCCAAGAGCGACCAUCACGAUGUCGACUACCUGUUCUGUCAGGUUGGCGUCACCGAGCGUGUUGUGGAUACGGCGCCGAAUUGCGGCAACGUCAUGGCUGGUGUCGGUGCGUUUGCGGUGGAAAGAGGGCUGGUUCAGCCGGAUUUGCGGGACGAGACAUGCGUAGUGCGAGUUUUGAACCUCAACUCUGGUCAAUUAUGUCAGCUCAGCAUUCCUGUGCGACACGGUCGAGUGCACUAUCACGAUCUCGGGGAGAAAUCGUACAAUCGACCGUCGACACGAAUCAUGCUGCGAUUCGAGGACACAACAGGUUCGUGCACGGGUAAACUCCUGCCGACAUCGAACGCAGUCGACUGCAUCGAUCGACUUCGAGUCUCUGUUGUCGAUGCUGCCGUACCUGUAGUGUUUGUUCGUCAGGUCGAUGUCGGUAUUACCGGUCAAGAGUCGCCUCAAGAGCUGAACGCUGAUGUUGAGCUGUUGACGAGAUUGGAGAGGGUGAGGAUCGAGGCGGGGAGACGGAUGGGGUUGGGGGAUGUGAGUGGCAGCGUUAUUCCAAAGGUCUCCCUUAACGGUCCAGACUUUACUCCCAAAACCUGCCACACGGCACACGCCGUCACAGGUGCGAUAUGCACAGCCAGAGCUGCCUUCAUCUCGGGAACAGUGGUUUCAGACGUUUUCGCCGAUCGCAUAUCGACAGCUGCUCAGUCGGCGCUACACCAUCGUAUUUCGAUCGAGCACCCGAGCGGUGUUCUGGAGGUAGGACUGGAAGCAACUGGCAAAGAGGGAGAGCGAAUGGUAGACGUCGUUGCAACUGUCGACCGCUCGGUGGCGCUUAUUGCCCAGGCUCGAGUUUUCUACGUGGUAUCUGACUGCUUUUCGGGAAAGGCGGGGCGGCCGGUUGAGAUUAGCCGUCGUCGAUGUUUGCAGGAGAACGGCAAUCGGAACGACGAGUCCUCAGUCGACACCAAAUGA